GCCGACCUUAAUUACGCGCCGGGCCCAAUUCAUCUCAGCCCAAUGGUGAAACGGUGCAACCCUAGCUUUCCUCAGGAAUCCGCAACCGCUUCCCAAUCGGAUAAGUGCUUUGACUCCGCGUCCCUUGCACUUCUCCCUUAAGAUUACUCGCCUAUUUAAGGGGCUAGGCUGAACCCCUUCACCAUCACAAUCAAAUUCUCAACAUGGGUAAUAACGCCAACAGAGUCGUCUUUAUUGAUCUAACUAUCUCCGAUUCUUCUUCUGAUUCUUCUUCCUUGGCGUUUCCCUCACUUGAGGCCCUGACACCUGAACUCUCUUCCGGGCCUUCCAUUGCCUCUGAACAAUCGGUGACUUCUCCCUUGCCCAAGGAGGAGAACCAUCCUCAUCUCCCCCAACAAGUAUCAGGGGGUGUUCAUCCAAAUUCUGGCGUGCUUCCUAACGGUGCCAGGACAGGAGUUUCUUCUGGCUGUCCAGGUACGUCCCGUCCACAGAAGAGACGCAAUCCUCACUCAGGAGCCUCCCGGUUGGUCUCCGGUGCAAGGCCUUCCUCCCAGGGUUCUCCCUCCCCUCAGCAGUUAUAUGGACAGCAGUCUGAAGAAUGGGGGGAUUAUGACAUGGGGGGAAAUAGGCUCCCGUUUAUACGCAGGGAAAAGGACGGAACCUUCCCGGAUCCGCCUCCACCUUCUAUGGGCCCAAUCAACUGGCCCAUGCACUUAAGUGGCGAAACUCUGGUCAAAUGGGAAAGGAUAGUUUUAAUGCUGGUUCCAUCCCCUUCUGAUUUCCUCGCCAUGGAAAAUAAAUCUCAAAGUAAAGUCUUCAUCGACUUAACCCUUUUUGAGACAUCUUCUUCUUCAGAUGACAAUUUCCCUACCUCUCCGGCUCAAUCCAACGACAUGGCUGGGUUGAGUCCUGGCGAGUUCUCAAGACUUUAUCCAGCACCUCGUCUUCCUACGACAUCACCUCCCAGUCCACCCAGGCUUCCAUCCGGGAGGAUAGAUUGGGACUGUAUGACCCUCCAAGACUUCGCCUUGUACCAGAGGAUGCGUAGGGCUAAACUCGGGCGUUCUUUUCUGAUUGUCGAGGCACAACCUUCAUGUGAAAGCCGGACAGCCUCUCCAAACUUGGUGAAGUCUCCCAAUGAUGGUUCUUCAUUGGGAGCACCAGCUCCUCGUCCUGGGACGUGGGAAGACUAUGACAUAGAGGAAGCUGCUGAUUCCGUCGCGUGCCCCUCGUCGAAGAGAAGGAGCCCAUGGAGGGGGCCCCACCUUCUUCUUGUUUAAUGUUUGGAUGCAAUUGGCCCUCCUUUAGUGCCUAGUCCCCUGCAAAUCAAUUUUCCUUUUCUUG